AUGUGUGAGAUGCUGCGCGAGAUCAAGGCCAAAAUUUUCCGUCCGGAUGUCACUCGCAGCGGCAUGCUUUCUGAGGCUCCCUCGUCAAAGGAGCUUCCAACCGAGGUCCCGGAAAUGCUGGAGCCCGUGCACUCCGACUCCAGUGAAGGUUCCGCUGACGAAGAAGACGAUGAGGCCACUGAUGAGGAGAAGGCUGUGGCCGAUGUGGCGGGCCCGUGGGGGCCCCAGGCGGCUGAGGACGGGGCUUGUCGCUUCGCCAGGCAUAAGAUGUCGAGGUGCAUCCACAAGGUGAUGGAUGAGAGUGGUGUGAAGCUUAAAUGUGGCCGAAACAUCACCACAAAUAUGGAGCUCUUGGAAGAGAAGCCCACCUUCCUCUUCCCGGCCGAGGGGCUCGAGACCAUGGGCAUGUUCGCCUUUUCUUGCAACUUUGCACCGGGGGCGGCCAGCGAGACUCAGAUCGAGACCACCGACGAGUCAGUGGCACGCAAAUUGCCCGCGGCUGAUCGGGCCCAACGCUUGAAAGAGCAACAGUCUCGUAUUUCAGGCUUUCAGAUCCGUGGACCUUAUGAACCAGGUGAUUCCUUGGUUGACCGCUCAGUGCAGAUGCUUGAUCAGGACCGGUUGUCUUACCUGGAAUGGGGCUCUUGCGUUAGUCGCGAACAUGAAUUGACGACAAACACGAGGAAGGAUAAUUCCGUUACAUUCGACAACAACGGCCUUUUGCGCAUGGCCAAGCGAGACAAAAUCACACCAUGCGACUCUUCGAGUGAACUUCAGGUGCGGUACUGCCUUAUGCGUCGGGGCUUGGCUCUGGACCAAGCGGGCAUCUUGACCUACGACCUCCACGAAUCGCUCAUUGAAAAACUCUUUCAGGCCAGGCUCACGGUUCCGCCCCCGAACUACUCGAGGGUGCAGAUGACCCAGUUGGAGCAUGCGGACCGCAAGUUUUUCGCCCUUCUUGGUGAGCACACGCGAGCCGGCAUCAAA